GCGGCCGCGGGUUCGCGCCACGCUGCGUCCGGUUCCCGGGCUGGGGCGUCCGCCGCUGCUGCCGUCAUGGUUCGCCCGCUCAACUGCAUCGUCGCUGUGUCCCAGAACAUGGGCAUCGGCAGGAACGGGGACCUGCCCUGGCCCCCGCUCAGGAAUGAGUUCAAGUAUUUCCAGAGAAUGACCACAACGUCCACGGUGGAAGGUAAACAGAACCUGGUGAUCAUGGGUCGGAAGACCUGGUUCUCCAUCCCCGAGAAGAAUCGGCCUCUGAAGGACAGAAUCAACAUCGUGCUCAGCAGAGAACUCAAGGAACCUCCACCAGGAGCUCAUUUCCUUGCAAAGAGUCUGGAUGAUGCCUUAAAACUCAUUGAGGAGCCAGAGUUGGCGGAGAAAGUGGAUAUGAUCUGGAUUGUGGGCGGCAGCUCUGUUUACAAAGAAGCCAUGGAUAAGCCAGGCCAUCUCAGGCUGUUUGUGACAAGGAUCAUGCAGGAAUUUGAAAGCGACACGUUUUUCCCAGAAAUCGAUUUGGAGAAAUAUAAACUGCUCCCAGAGUACCCGGGUGUCCUUCCUGACGUCCAAGAGGAGAGAGGCAUCAAGUACAGAUUUGAAGUAUACGAGAAGAAUGACUAACACGAGGGUGCUUCCGGGCUGAUUUCAACUUCUAAAAGGUUAUGGAUUUGAACAUCAGAAAACCAGCGAAACAAGAUUAUUUGUGUUGACUCUA